CUAGAACCCUAAAAGGCGGCGAUGGGGAAAUCUUCCAAGGACAAACGGGACAUCUACUAUCGGAAGGCCAAGGAAGAAGGAUGGCGCGCUCGCAGCGCCUUCAAGCUGCUCCAGAUUGACGAAGAAUUUGGAAUCCUGCAGGGUGUGAAGCGCGUUGUUGAUCUGUGCGCGGCUCCUGGAAGCUGGAGCCAGGUUCUAAGCAGGCAGCUCUACGUUCCUUCAAAGAGCGAUAAGCAGGAUGACCGACCUCUUAUUGUGGCUAUUGAUCUGCAGCCAAUGGCCCCUAUUGAUGGUGUCGUUCAAAUUCAAGGAGACAUCACUAGUGCACGAACUGCCGAGUUGGUUAUUCAGCAUUUCCAUGGUUGCCAAGCCGACUUAGUUGUCUGUGACGGUGCCCCGGAUGUGACGGGACUCCACGACAUGGACGAGUUCGUCCAGGCGCAGCUUAUCCUAGCGGCGCUAACAAUUGUAACACACGUUCUUCGGCCAGGCGCGAAGUUUGUCGCAAAGGUUUUCCGGGGGAAAGAUAUCAGCCUGUUGUACGCUCAGCUGAAAAUGUUUUUCACGACUGUGACUUGUACGAAACCAAAGAGCAGCCGAAACUCGAGCAUAGAAGCUUUCGUUGUUUGCGAAGACUAUCAACCUCCGGAAGGCUUCGAGCCACGGAACUUGUAUGAUAUCUUGGAGCAAGCUAGCGGAGCAUACCCGGAACUCGACUGUUCCAGCGCUUGGCUCGAAGGACCAAACAAAAUCAUGGUACCAUUCCUGGCGUGUGGAGAUUUGAGUGGCUAUGACGCCGAUCAAUCGUAUCCUUUGCCCAGCGAGGAUUAUCAAAGCUUAGCUCCCGUGCAGCCUCCAAUCGCGCCAGCGUACAAGACGGCGUUGGGCCUCGAGAAGAAACUCCAGAUGGUUUGACAAAGUUAGAAAGAAAGUUUUGUAUUAUAGUUAUGAUAGAAGUUUGGGCGCUUGUUUUUA